CCUCUUCAACUUCAUGUGCGCCGCAGCCCCUGGUGCAGGCGUCAUGGGCUAAAGGCGUAUGGCGUGGCGCCCGGCAAUCCGGUCAAAUUCUAUGUGCAGCUCUUCAGCACCGAGACCGGCGAACUGCUUGCCCUGUUGGAAGCCGGCGACCUUGGGCAGGUCCGCACCGGCGCCGCCAGCGGCAUAGCAACAAAGUACAUGGCGCGCGAGGACUCCGCUACAGUCGGCGUCAUAGGCUCCGGCUAUCAGGCUCGCACCCAGCUUGAAGCGGUCUGCAAUGUCCGCCCCAUCAAGAGCGCGCGUGUCUUCAGCCGCAAUCCGGAGCGCAGGGAGAGAUUCGCAACAAGAAUGAGCGAAAGACUCGGCAUAGAGAUAUCCCCCGUGGACAGCGGCGAAGAAUGCGUUUCGGAUGCAGAUGUCGUCAUCACCAUGACGAGCACGAAUCGUCCGGUUCUCAACGGCGAAUGGCUCAGCGAGGGAACGCACAUCAACGCAGCAGGAGCCAACCACUGGAUGCGCCGCGAACUCGACGGCGACGCAGUACGCCGCUCCGACAUCAUCGUCACCGACGACAUCGAGCAGGCGAAGAUGGAAUGCGGUGACCUCAUCUACCCAGCCGAACUCGGCUCAAUUCGUUGGGAACAGGUCAGGAGCCUCGCCGAUGUCGUAGGUGGAUCAGCCCCGGGGCGCCGCACGGACUCCGACAUCACCCUCUUCGAGUCGCAGGGCCUAGCCGUGCAAGACAUCACCACAGGCAUCCGCGUAUAUCAACUCGCCCUGGAACAAGGCAUCGGAAGCGAGCUGCCUUAA